AUGGGCAAAAAGACAGUGAAGCCCAAGCAACCCGGUAGAAAGCAGGAGGAGAAGCCAAACCUCUUCGAGCACAUUUACAACAGGAAAAAGUUCAAUGUGCUCGGGAAGAAGCAGAAAGGCGAACGAAAACAUGGGAAAAGUCGUUCUGAUGCAGUCGACAAGAGGAACAAGACCCUGCUUGUUGAGUACAAGGAGCUUCGGAAGUCCAAUGCAUUUGUGGACAGGCGCUUUGGAGAGGAUGACAGCACCCUCACAGAGGAAGAGAAGGCUCUCGCCCGUUUCCAAAAGCAACGCAUGAAAGAGCUCUCAGGCGACAAAUUUUCCCUGCCAGACCAUGAUGAGGAAGAUGAGCUCACGCACAUGGGGCGGGCACUUGCUGAUGAAGAUCUCAAGGUAGGGGCGCUACGCGAUGAUUAUGAGGAAGAAGAUGGGGGGGAAGGGAACUUGGACGACGCAGUGGUGCGCGACAUCCAUUUUGGAGGUGGUUUUGUGCCAAAGCAGCAGUCACGGGAGACCACAGGGGCUGAGGCAGGGGACGAAGAGGCGCCAGAGCGACGCAGAACCAAGAGGGAGGUCAUGGAGGAGGUCAUGGCAAAGAGCAAGGCGUUCAAGGCAGCCAAGUCCCAGCAGAGGGACGAGGAUCUGGAAGCGACUGAGGCUCUGGACACCAAUUUUACCAGCCUGCUGGACGCGGGGGGCCUGGCCAGGCUGGUGAAGCCCAAGGGGGCGCGCCAUAUGAAGAAGGUAGCCGACAAAAACGUCGCGCCACCGGAGGGCGACGACGCCGAGUUCGACCGCUUCCGCCGCGAACUCAUCUUCGAAGCCAAGGGCCAGGUGAGCGAGCGCACAAAGACAGCAGAGGAGCUGGCGGAGCUGGAGCGGCAGCGGCUGGAGGCGCUGGAGACGCGGCGGCUGAAGCGCAUGCGCGCGGGUGCUGACGAAACCGGCGAUGCUCUGGACGAUGAUGGCGGCGACGUGGUCCCGGCCGGCGGCUACAAGGCCCGGCGGCAGAAGCGCCAGAAGGGGCUGCAGCGGGAGCAGCACGGCCCGUCAGGCGAUGCGCUGGACGAUGAAUUUGAGUUCAGUGAUGAGGGAUCAGAGGAGGAAGACGAAGAAGAGGAGGAAGAGCUGUCCAGGCUGGAUGCCAGGAGGAAGCAGCGGGCAAGUGGCGGCGACGAGCUGCAGCAACGCUUUAAGGCAGAGUCCGCUGCCCUGUUGGAGAAAUAUGGCAUCAAGGCUUCCGAAGCAGAAGAAGAGAGUGAGGAAGAAGAUGAGGAGGAUUCAGGCUCAGAGGAUGCUGGGACUGGCGAGGAGAGUGACUUGGAGCAAGAUGGAGAAGCUGAUGUUGCCGCUUCUGAAGAAGCCAGCGAUGAGGAUGAGUCAGAGGAGGAGUUAGAAGAGGAGGCAGAGGGAGAUGAAUCAGACGGCGAGGGGCAGGAGGACGAUGGGGUCCCUGCUGCGGGAGCUUUGGAGCAGGGCAGAGGUGGACUGGAGGAGGCCGGCGGCCGCGUAGCAUCUGGGCUGACGGCGAGCACAUCAAGGGGGGCAGCUGCCGGGGAGCUGCCUUUCACGCUGGAGGCGCCAAGCAGCUACGAGGAGUUUGCGGCGCUGGUGGGUGGCCGGCCGGCAGACGAGCUGGGCCUGGCCGUCCAGCGCAUCCGCGUCUGCAGCGCCGUCGCUCUCGCGUCCGGCAACAGGAAGAAGAUGCAGGUGUUCUAUGGGAUCCUGGUGCAGCACUUUGCCAUGCUGGCGGGCGCAGUGCCGCUGCCCAUGGCCCACCUGGACGUGCUGACUGUGCACCUGCUGGAGCUCACCUCCGACGUCCCCUUCUAUGCUGCCACUGUCGCGCGUGCUCGCCUUGCGCGACUGCAGCAGCGCCUUGCUGCGGCCCUGACCAACCCGGACACCUUUGCCGAGGGCGGGAGUGCAUGGCCGGGCGCCCGUGCGCUGCUGCUGCUGAAGCUGUGGGCGACGCUGUUCCCAGUCAGCGACAGGCGCCACCCGGUGGCCACGCCCGCAGCCCUGCUGGUGUCCGCGCACCUCGCCCUCUGCCCGCUUUCACGAGCCUCGGACAUUCCCCAAGGUCUCUUCUUGAGCUCUCUGGCGCUGCACAUGGCCGCACCCGCCAGUCGCUACGUCCCAGAGCCCCUCAACUUUGCGGUGCAGCUGCUGCGCAGCGCAGCAGCCCCGGGCAAGGCCAGCUCAGAGCCUCCGGCUGCAGCCUUCUCUGCCUCGGACCCCUCCGCGAGGUGGCUCGCCCUGGGCCCUCGUAAAUGGAGCGCUGCAAAUGAGAUCCAGCCCCUGGAGCUGUCCGCGGUGCUGACUAAGCCGGCGGAUGAUGCGUACUUCAGCAGCCCGGAGUUCAAGGCGAGCGCGCUGGCAGCGGCCAUCGGCGUCGUCCGGCGCGCGGCAGAGUUGUUCACCGGCGCCUCGGCUCUGCCGGAGAUGCUCGCCCCUGCGCAGAGCGCCCUGGAGGACCUGUGCAGCGCUGAAGGGCUGCCCAAGGCGCUUGAGGAGCAGAGGGCCGAGGUUUUGGAGGUAGUCAGGCGUGCCAGGGCAGAAGCGCUGGCGAGCAGGCGGCCGCUGGUGCGCAAGGGUGCCGUGAAGAACGCGGAGGUGAAGCUGUUCAAUCCGCGCUUCGAGGAGGACUUUGUGACCGGCAAGAACUACGACCCCGACAGGCGCGGCCCUGCCUCACUGGAGCGUGCGGAGCAGAAGAAGCUGCGGCGGCAGGUGCAGAAGGAGAAGCGGGGAGCAAUGCGCGAGCUGCGCAAGGACGCCGUCUUCCUGGGGGCCGCGCGCGAUGCGGACGCGGCGGCCGAGAAGAAGGAACGCCGCACGAAGCUGCGCGCAAAUUUUGCCUUCCUGGAGGGCCAGGAGGCCGACUUCAAGAGCGGCGGCCAGGGCGGCAUGUGGAAGAAGGGCGGCAAUAAGAAGGCCCGGAACAAGUGA